AUGCCUUCUCAUAAAACUUUCAAGAUAAAGAUCAAGCUCGCGAAGAAGGCGAAGCAGAAUCGUCCGGUUCCUGUAUGGUUUCGGUACAAAAAGGACACAAAGAUCAGGUACAACAACAAAAGAAGGCACUGGCGGCGAACGAAGCUGAACUUUUGA